AUGAGACUACAGCUCAUGCGGCAGCGCCUCGAUGCGGAGAAGCAGAGAAGCAUGGCGUUACAGAGGGAGGAGGAGGAGCGAUCGAAGCAAGGGCUCACGAUGCAGGAUGGAGGUUCGCACCAGGAGAUCAUGGCGGAGCUGCAGAAUAAGAAGAUGCAGCUCAUGGAGAUUGAGGAGGCAAACAAACAGCUGAGGAUAGCUUUGAUGGAAGCGAAGAAGACAUCCCAGAUGACGAGAGUUGAAGCUGUGGAGGAGAGAGCAGAAGAACAAGGAGAGGAGAUGGAGCAAGACAGCACGUCCAGCAAACUUGAUCUCAUCCUCGCUCAGUCCCUCCAGAUGCAGUCGAUCUUCAUGGCAUACAUGAUGAAAGAUCAGAAUUCAGUUCGUGGUGGAGCAGCUGCUGCUGCUGAUGAUGAUCAUGGUCAUUAUGCGUAUGCUUAUGCUUAUGCUGAUCCGUAUGCUUAUAUUGAUGCUGAUGCUGAUGCUGAUGCUGAUGCUGAUGCUGAUGCUGAUGCUGAUGCUGAUGCUGAUGCUGAUGCUGAUGCUGAUGCUGAUGCUGAUGCUGAUGCUGAUGCUGAUCUGAUGCUGAUGCUGAUGCUGAUCCGUAUGCUGACGAUAUAUCUUGGAGAUGACUUCACAACCUCGUGGCUUCAACCAGGACAACACUCCAAGAGAAAACAAACGUGA